UUUCGAGAUUCAGAGGGGAGCUGAAAGAGGCGGGGCUUGCGGUGGCUGCAGCGCCCCCUGCUGGUGUCCGCCGUGCCGCAGGCGGCGGAGCGUUCGGGAGGCUUUGGCAGCCCGGCGGAUCGCGUGGUGCCAGGGCGGUGGCGGGGCGGAGGUCGGCGGAGCGGAUGGUCUUUGCCCGGAGCAAGGAGUUCCCGUCUCCGCUGCGGGGCCAUAAAAUACGGCGUGAAGGCGGUGCCCUCCCUCUUACCGUUCCCUCCUGGACAGAGGGCGUUGUGCAGGAGAUAAGCACGACGUUGCAGCCUUGUACCCCGUGGCACAGCGUGGUCACAAGCUGCUUUGCUCACCGGGCACGAGGGAAAGGGGAGGGCUGGGUUGUGCUUUGUACAAAUGGGAUCAGCUGGGUGGGUUCUGCUGGGGUCUGGUCAUACCCAUCCAAAGCUGUAACCCCCAGCUGGAAUGUGAGAUAUGCAACAUCAUCACCAAAGGGUGAGGGAUGCUGCAGGCUGCGAGCCCCAGCCUUCAUGCUUUUGGUCCACAGGGAAACUGAGGCACAGAGGUGGUAUCUGGACCAGCCCUGGGUGUGAGGAUCAUCAUGAACAUCAGUUGGGAUCAACGAGAAGGAGCAAGUGGUAGAAUUUAAGCCAACGUCUUCCCCAGACGUUCUCAGCACUUAUAGGAUGUGAUUCAAUGAUUCAUGCUGAUGUGCUCAUCUGAAACAAAAGAAAAAAAAAAAAAAAAAGAAAUUACCCCCAAAGUGGGGGAAAGUUCAUGGGCAGUUGCAGAGCCUGGACUUCGCCCAUCAGCCCAGGUCCCUCCUGCCCCGCUCGGCAGAGGAGGACAAAAACAUUUGGCUAAUAAGUUACGGAGCACCGUGGGCCUUCCCUUUGCCAUCACCGGCCCCUAUCAGGACACAGGUGAUUUUGCAAUCUUGGACAUUAUUUAUGUGCUGUUGGAGUUUAAACUUUGCCACUCGGGUCAGGGCAUCGCAAAGGAGGAGGUGGCCAGGCUCAGUGUCCUGCAUACCAAAGGAAUUCAGAGGCCAGGACGGAUCUGAGGGCUUCCCACCAGAGCUGGGAUCUCACACAGCCAUGGCCUCCACUGUGGGCAGCCUCGACAGCAUCGACCUGCUGGACCUCCUCUUUGAUCGCCAGGAUGGAAUCCUCCGUGGUGUGGAGCUGGGGACGACAUCCCCAGGCACCUGGCACGAGGAUGGGCGUGCCCAGGAUGGCGAGGAUUUCCUUAGCUCCAUUCUGGGCUCUGGAGACUCGAUAUCAGACUCGCCCAGCUGGUCUCCAGGUGUCAGCGACAGUGGAGUCUCUGAGGACCCCCCCUCUGAUCAACUCGACAGCCCCCCUGGGUGCUGUGAUGGAGGUCUCAGCGAGGCCCCAUAUGCCUUUACCAACUCCUGCCAGGUUCUGACACACCCUGGAGGCACCGGAGGCCCCCACCCUGAGGUCUCCAUUGACCUGGAUAUGUGGAAUCCUGGCUUCUUCCUGGAGGAGGGUCGGGGUCUGUCGACAGUCCCUGCACCUGCAUCCUGUACCCUCACUGUCAAGGAUCUGCUGCUCUCAGGCAGCUCUGAUGCUCAGCCACAGGUGCCCAACUCCCUACUGAGGCAGGGCCAGGGGCAGUUCCAGGAGCUUGUGCUGACAGAGGAUGAGAAGAAGCUGCUGGCAAAGGAGGGGGUGUCCCUGCCCACGCAGCUGCCCCUCACCAAGGUGAGUCUCGUGGUACCUGAGAUGAAACAAGUGGACACUAUGCUUGGGGUCCUGGCUGCCCUAACCCCCCUAUUUAUGCAGUAUGAGGAGCGAGUGCUGAAGAAAAUCCGGAGGAAGAUCAGAAACAAGCAGUCAGCUCAGGAGAGCCGCAAGAAGAAGAAGGAGUACAUUGACGGGUUGGAGAGUCGGAUGUCAGCAUGCACGGCUCAAAACCAGGAGCUGCAGAGGAAAGUCCUGCACCUAGAAAAGCAGAACUCGUCUCUCCUGGAGCAGCUGAAGAAGCUCCAGGCCCUGGUGGUGCAGUCGAGCAACAAAGCAGCACAGACAGGAACCUGCAUUGCGGUCCUGCUGCUCUCCUUCGCACUCAUUGUCUUCCCCUCCAUCAGCCCUUUUGCCCCUAGCAAGGCUGAGACAGGUGGUGACUUCGGACCAGUGCGAGUUUUCUCCAGGUCCCUGCAUAACAUAGCUGCCUCCCGUGUGGCUUAUGCACAGCCCCGAGCUGGGGAUGAGAAGCCCCCAGAGCCACUGUGGUCAAAGCACCAGGGUGAAACCGAGACACUGCACAAAGCCUUUGGUAGCAGCUCCUUCACUCCACACCUCGAUAAAGCUCCUACCCAAAACAACACACCACCAAUUGCCUCAGAGGGGCUGAGCCAGAGCGAUGGAGACCAAUCUGGCACUGCAUUGGGGGACAGCACUGCACUGCACCAAAGCCUGACGUCGCUUGCUUGGACAGAAGCUGACCACAGCAGGCCCACAGUGCUGGAGCCAGCUGAGGAGCUUUAAGCAGCACCCAGGGACUGCAGGGGACACAGUAGGGUUCAGCACCCCAACACCUAUAGGACAGACCCUUGGGGUCCCUCUCCAGGCAUGGACGGAUGCUAGAGACCAACUUGGUUUUGCUUCUGUCUGCGAACUGGGAAGAGGAGACUAGUUCCUAUUGGCCUUACCAGGAGGAAAGGAAGGGGCUACCCCUGCCUGCUGGAUACAGCAGGAACUGGGGAAGGGACAUGGGUUUGGUCAAGAAGGGAAUGGGGGUACCAGAGGAGGCCUGGUCUGGCUGGAUGUUGACAUUGCAGCCUCAUGAUUUUGUUCUCUCUUUUUUUUUUAAGCAAGCACACAAACUUCAUUUUCAUCUCUAAAUAAAAAGUAUUUUGGAAAAAAAGAAAAAAAAAAGAAUCACCUGCCUUAGUUUAAUACGUGGUAAUCCAUAGGGUUUCAAAGACAUCUUGGUUGUUGGGUUCAAGAGUUCCCUGGCUCACAAUGUGACAGCAGAGCUGGGGCACUUGAUCAGAUCCUGCUCAGGGCUGCCCAAGGAGAUACAGGCACAGCAGAGGGACCAGCAUCCCACCACCACCCAGCCCUGCUCUAUCUGAGACAGCAACAGCUGCUUGAUCCUGUUGUGUCACUCCCCCAGCAUUACCUACCUAACACUGAGCACCCUUAUCCCUGGGCCUUCUGAGGUCUGCAGGGCACAGCU